UGGCCUCUAUGGAGCAUGUGGAAGAGUUUCUACUUCUAAAGAAACAAUAAUUACGUGUAAUUAAUAUCUUCUCUGAGAGUCUGAUUCUCUCAAUUUUCCUUUAUCCUCAUCCACUUCACUCAGAGUCGAGAUUCUCGGGCUCUCUCUCCCCUUCUCUCCUAGACUCCUACCCCCAUAUGUUCUUAAUCAAUUAAUAGUUCAACUCCAUCUUAUUUUAAUCGCUUUAGGGCUAAACUAGCCUAUUUCUUCUACACUAAGCUUUCGUCUCCUGCGAUUCCCCUGUUUUCUCUGCAACUAAUUUCUGCUCAAUUCGGAGAGAUCUGGCGUGUUGUAGGAUUUAUUUGACCCUAGAAGGCUCUGAUUUUGAUCUCGAGAUAUCCAAUUCGGCUUGCCGGAAUUUUUUCUCUUUCCAGAAAUUCCGCGGGAAAUAUCUUGAGCCAUUCAAUAAAUUCGUUCGUUCUUCCUGCGAUCCUUGACGAAUAGCGGUGGACUUGAAAUUUCCAGAGAUUCAUAGCUUGUGGAGGUCUUGACAUUUAAGGGUGGCCGGAUGGGAACUCUACAAGGCCCAGUUGUUUGCCCUACGGUUCGUUCAAAGCAAAUUGGAGUUUGUACUCUGCCAGUGAAUGGGCCUUUCAUGCAGGCUAGGGCUUUAAGAAGUGGAUUCUGGGGUUUUAAAGGAAGAUACAAGGAUGGAGUUAAGGUGAGAACAUUUUUUCAACAAAGCCAUGUUGAGAAGUGCUGGACAGUACAGUGUAGUUUCAGUUCUUCCUCGAAUGGAAAUGGUAGCAUGGCAGAGAAUUCCAAUGAGAAAGAUGAAGAAUAUGUAAACUCCAGUGUGGUUGAAGCCGUUGAGGUAAAAAGUGGCCCAGAGGGUUUCAUGAUAAAAAUGCGAGAUGGUAAGCAUUUAAGGUGUGUUCAUAACAAUCCUCAAGGUGGUCAUCUUCCAGAUUGUGCUCCACAUCCUGCUAUUGUACUGAAGAUGGAAGAUGGAAGUGAUCUUCUUCUUCCUAUUAUUGUCUUGGAGAUGCCGAGCGUUCUGCUUAUGGCUGCAGUUCGCAAUGUCCAAAUUGCUAGGCCCACUUUAUAUCAAGUAGUGAACGAAAUGAUUGAGAAGAUGGGAUAUGCAGUAAAACUUGUUCGAGUAACCAAGAGGGUUCAUGAGGCAUAUUUUGCUCAGUUGUACCUUACAAAGGUUGGUGAGGAAACAGAAUGUGUCACCUUUGACCUCCGACCUUCAGAUGCCAUUAAUAUUGCAGUAAGAUGCCAGGUGCCCAUACAAGUUAACAAGUAUUUGGCAUCCAGUGAUGGUAUGAGGAUAGUUGAACCUGCAAAGAUGGCAGUACAGCCCCCUCUUUCAGAUGGCUUCUUGUUCACAGAACUGGAUAGGCCUGAUGGGCAGCCUUGUGUUGAAACGAAAGAGUUUGAUCUGGUCCGCAACAUGCUAAUUGCUGCUGUCGAAGAACGUUACAGAGAUGCAGCUCAGUGGAGGGACAAGCUUUCUCAACUCCGGUCCAGAAAGAGGAACUGGGCAUGACAGGGGGGCCAUGCAAAUAUGUACAUAAAAGCAAUUGUUCAAAGCAGAGAAGAUCAGCCAAUUGGCAAGGAUGUAUCUUUGUAUCUUCCGGCCUCCUUGUGUAUGGGUGCUUGUGAAUAUAUGUAUAGGUACACAGCUAAUAUAAUGUUGGAACAUGGACAUCUUUUAUUUUCUGCCCCUUUCCCCAAUCUCUUUCUGGAAACUUAGUCUCCCUCUCUCAACAAGUAGAAAGAUUGUUAAUUUUAUAUGGAAGGAUGGGUGUCUUACUUAUGGUGCUGACGUCUUUGGUAUUUAUUAUAUCAAUUAUUUUCAUAUUUCAA